AUGCCGUACCUCCCAUAUGAAGAGCCGGGAAUCACCACCAUCCUCUCCUUGACUUCCUUUCUCCUGCUCCUAAAUGGAGUUCGAUACAUCCUCGAUCGCCUCCUCUACUGCGGCAUCAUUGGCGAAAUCUUGAUCGGAGUGAUCUGGAGUCUCCCAGUUGGCGGAACUGCAUGGCUCACAAAAGGAAUGCAAGAAACCAUCCAAGCACUGGGCUAUCUUGGUCUCAUUGGACUUGUAUUUGAGGGCGGCCUUACCACGAAUCUUGCUUUGCUGCGUAAAACUGCUUACAUGUCGAUUUCCGUUGCAACGAUCGGUCUCUUAAUGCCCAUUGCUUUGUCAUUCAUCUUGCUUGUUUUGCCUUUCUCCAGCAGCUCUGGAGUUGCAUAUCCGAGUCCACUAGCAAGCUUUUCAGCGGGUGCUUCAUUGUGUUCAACUUCUUUGGGGACAACAUUUGCUAUUCUGUCUUCUGCGGGUAUGCAGCAAACGCGGGCUGGUAUUGUGCUUGUGGGAGCUGCCAUGAUGGAUGAUGUUGUGGGGCUAGUCAUGGUCAACAUUGUCACUACUCUUGGAGAAGGAGGGGCAGGAGGUUGGCCGAUCGCUAGACCUAUCGUUGCGAGUUUUGGGCUAUUGCUGGUCACUUUGGCUAUUGCUCCAUUCGUGCUGAGUCCCGUUUGGCGCUGGACGACAGCUCAUGCGAGGUCUAUCAGGGAUCCCAACGCUGAAGAAACGACUGGACCUCUCCAACAAAUUGUCAAACGGCUCAUAAGCAGAAUCCCGCAACUCAACUUUAUUUUGGCGACUGCCGUCCUAAUCAUCUUUGUCACCAUAGCAGCCUUUAUCGAUGCCUCCGUUCUGUUUGCUGCCUUCAUCGCAGGUGGUGUGGUGAGCUUCCUUUGGGGCCGGAACCAAGACCAAGACGAGAUAGUUCAACAUGACGGCCCAUCAAUGAUGUAUGAGCAAUACUUCAAGUCGGUAAUGGAUUUCAUCCUGGUUCCAUUCUUCUUUGCUUCCAUCGGCUUUUCCAUCCCAAUCACAGAUAUGUUUCAAGGUUCAAUCGUUUGGAAAGGAAUCGUAUACUCGAUCUUGAUGGUAAUCGCCAAAGGCCUUGUCAGUCUUGUGAUAUACUAUGACUACUUCUCGAAGCGGCUACACACCAAAAAGAAGCCUAUUAUCGCCCGGAUAACUCGACACAUCCCUCUUCGUCUCAUCUCGAGGCCGGACCUCGAUGCCUCUCGAGUUGAAGCCGAAACAGAGCAGAUUAGUUCCAGUCCACCCCACACAAUAGCCUUGCUUGUCGGGUUUGCCAUGAUCGCAAGAGGAGAGAUCGGAUUUCUGAUAGCUUCUUUAUCUCAGAGCUCUGGGACAUUGAUCUUGAAGAAUAAAGGUGGACCUGAUACGCAAGGCUCUGGAGAAGAAAUAUUUCUGGUCAUUGUUUGGGCCGUGGUUCUUUGUACUAUUAUUGGGCCAGUGGGAGUUGGAAUUAUGGUCAGACGGCUCAGACAAUGGGAUCCCGCAGCUUACAGGGACUGGCUUUGA